AUGGCUACCAUCUCUCGCUGCAGCUUGCUUGUUUUACUACUCGUGAUCAUCGACAGCUUGAUCAUGACUGUGGGGGCCCAGAAGACGGUAGUCAUAACCGUCCAAACCACUGUGGACGCCGUCACAUCCACCGUCCAAGUAACGCCCACGAUUCCUAGCCCCGCCUCAUAUACCUCCCUCAGUGACUUCAGAGAUACCGUCCUCCAGGUCAGCAACAAAUACCGAAGCGCACACGACGCCGAGCCAUUGGUCUGGAAUGACACAUUGGCCCAAUAUUCCCGAAAAUGGGCGGAAGCUUGCAUCUGGAAACACUCGGACGGCCCCUACGGUGAAAACAUAGCCUUUGGCUACCCCAAUGCUUCUUCCGCGGUCGCAGCAUGGGGUGAUGAGGAAAAAUAUUAUAAUUUUGACAAGCCGACGGGGUUUACCGAGAAGACCGGCCAUUUCACUCAGCUCGUGUGGAAAUCUACAACCGAAGCCGGAUGCGCUGCGAUAAAUUGUGGAUAUACUGAAGACAACCACAAGAUCCGCAGAGAUACAGGAGACACAAAUGAGGGCCGAGUUGUUUCGAGAGAGGCGGAUGGCAGCAUGCGAGCGCAGGGCUGGUAUGUGGUGUGCGAGUACACGCCAGCAGGCAAUGUCGUCGGCAGUCACAACGAAUACUUCAAGCGGAAUGUCAAGCCGAACACCAAGGCAUCAAACCAGGCCACGUCAACUACCACGUCAAAGAGCCAACCGACAGGUGGCGCGACGAUCAAGACGGGAAUGAGUUCCACGGUGUGGAUAAUGCUGCUGGCGCUGGGGACAGUCGCCAUUGGGAUGGGCCUGUAUACAUAG